AUUUUACUUCCCUGUCUGAUCGUCUGCUCGCUUGCUUUUCACAGCUCUCUCUCUCUCUCUCUCUGCGUUUUCUUCUGCAAUGGCGAACGGAGUAGAAUCGCAGCAGAAGAUCGACUACGUUUUCAAGGUGGUGCUGAUAGGAGACUCGGCCGUGGGGAAAUCUCAGAUCCUGUCCAGAUUCGCGCGGAACGAGUUCAGCUUGGAUUCAAAGGCCACGAUCGGGGUCGAGUUCCAGACUCGGACGCUCGUCAUCCAGCACAAGAGCGUCAAGGCCCAGAUCUGGGACACCGCCGGACAAGAACGAUACAGAGCAGUCACAAGCGCAUAUUACAGGGGUGCAGUUGGAGCCUUGUUGGCAUAUGAUAUAACCAAGCGCCAGAGCUUCGAUCACAUCCCGCGGUGGCUGGAAGAACUGCGUAGCCAUGCUGACAAGAACAUAGUGAUAAUGCUGAUUGGCAACAAAAGUGACCUUGAAGACCAGCGGGCUGUACCCGCUGAAGAUGCGAAAGAAUUCGCUGAGAAGGAAGGGCUCUUCUUUUUGGAAACAUCAGCAUUGGAAGCUACCAAUGUCGAGGCCGCUUUCAUGACCGUGUUGACCGAGAUCUUCAACAUUCUGAACAAGAAGAAUCUGGUCGCAGGCGAGGAUCAAGGAAAGAGCAAUGGACCUCCACCCUCAGGAAAGAGGAUUGUCAUCCCUGGCCCUGCACAGGAGAUCCCAGCAAAAAGCAGCAUGUGCUGUAGAUCUUGAUCUGGCAAGUGUGCAGGUUGGUUCUCUGCAUGGUUUCGUGGGUUCUUCGAGCUGGGCAUUUGUACGUUUUGUAUAUCUUGAUUGUUUUAGGCUGUGUUUGGAUGCACUAUCGUAAUGAAUUGGAAUGGUUUAGUUCAAGAAAGAGGAAGUAAUCGAUGAUCAAUAGCAUUCAUAUUGAGGGAUUAGGUCCCAAAUUGCAAUUCCAUGGCUCUAUGAGAAAGGGUCCAAACUCAUCAGAUGUCAUUUGGAUUUGAUUAUUUCCUCUCUGGUGAAGAUGAAUUCAUUUUGGUUUUGCAUCCAAACGCAGCCUUGGUGUUGGUUUGAAGAAACAGAUCAGUUAUGUGUGCAUUAUAAAAUAUCAGUGGAGACCAGUAGUUGUUUUGAAGCUGCA